AUGUCCAAACAAUCAGGGACUGAGGCCUCUCAGUCAAGAGAAGUACCCGAAACUCAGAGUCAGAAUGAUCUGACACCACCUCCAGACGGUGGCUACGGCUGGGUGUGUCUGGCCUGUUGUUUUGCGGUCAACUGUUUUACCUGGGGCGCUGUAGCGUCUUAUGGCGUCUUCUUGUCGUAUUAUCUGACCGUGGAUGCUUUUCCCGGGUCUCGACCCCUGGACUACGCCUUCAUCGGCAGCUUCAACUUCGGCAUUGCUAUGCUGGCAGCCCCCUUGAUCACGAGCUUAGCUCGCUCCUUCGGCAUCAGACUGCCCAUGCUGGCGGGCGCAGUCAUGUUUGGAGGAGGCUUUAUUGCGGCAUCUUUCGCAACCCGGAUCUGGCAUCUCUACCUCUCCCAGGGUGCCCUGGUCGGGCUAGGUGUUGGCUUCGUCUACGUGCCCAGCAUUGCAGUUCUCUCCCAGUGGUUUGCGAGGAGAAGGAGUCUUGCCAACGGCAUCAGUGCGGCAGGUUCGGGGAUUGGUGGUUUGAUCUUUUCGUUCGCCAUCGGGACCAUGAUCGAAGGUCUCGGGAUUGGAUGGGCACUGAGGAUCACUGGGAUUACUGCGCUAUUGGCCAAUCUCGUUGCUGCGGUCUUCAUCCGCGAUCGCAACAGCAUCAUUCGCCCUAAACAACACCCGUUUGACCUCGACCUGAUGUCGCGCCCCGACGUCCUGUUGCUCCUCCUUUGGGCUUUUCUCAGCAUGUUGGGGUAUAUCGCUUUGCUGUACUCGCUCUCAGACUUCUCGCUCUCCAUUGGCCUGUCCAGACAACAGGCGACACAGGUGACUGCAUUUCUAAACAUGGGGACUGCGCUGGGGCGGCCUUUCAUCGGCGUCGCGAGUGACCGCUUCGGUCGGUUCGGAGUUGCGACAAGUCUCACUUUCAUCUGCGGUCUUUCGUGCUUGGUUAUUUGGAUCCCCGCCUCUUCAUUCGGAGUCACGGUGUUUUUUGGAAUCCUGAGCGGUGCAAUCCUAGGAGUGUUUUGGAUGACGAUCGGCCCCCUCUGCGUCGAGGUUGCAGGGCUAAAAUGGCUCCCCUCGCUCCUCUCACUUUCAUGGCUAUCAACCGUCCUGCCGACUACAUUCUCCGAAGUCAUCGCGCUCUAUCUUCGCCGCCCAGAGCACGCCCGUCCGUACCUCUUCACCCAGAUAUUCUGCGGUGUCAGCUACAUCUGCGCGAGCUUUUGUCUCUGGGGCGUGCGCACGCUUUGCACACGGCGGCAGCGGUCGCGGCCAGAGGGCCGCGUUGGACUUGCAGGCAUUGAAGCAAGUGUGGAGGCGGAAGAGGAGAAAGUGGUAAGCAUUGGUCCGGUCGAGGCCUCGACGACAACUAUUGCAAAAUAA